AUGCAGUUGUCCUGGAAAGAUAUCCCAUCCGUGGCCACAUCCAAUGACCUGUUGGACAUUGUCCUGAAUAGGACGCAGAGAAAGACGCCCACGGUGAUCAGACCCGGCUUCAAAAUAACCAGAAUCCGUUCGUUCUAUAUGCGCAAGGUCAAAUACACAGCGGAGGGUUUUGAGGAAAAGUUCGAGGACCUUCUAAAAGGGUUCCCAAACAUCAACGAUGUGCAUCCAUUCCACAGAGACUUGAUGGACACGCUGUACGAGAAAAAUCAUUACAAAGUGUCGCUAGCUGCCGUGUCGCGCGCCAAGACCCUUAUCGAGCAAGUUUCGCGCGAUUAUCUGCGUCUGUUGAAGUUUGGCCAAUCGUUGUUCCAAUGUAAGCAGUUGAAGAGGGCUGCCCUUGGUAGAAUGGCCACAAUUGUCAAGAAGUUGAAGGAUCCUUUGGUGUAUCUAGAACAGGUGCGUCAGCAUUUGGGCAGAUUGCCUUCCAUCGACCCCAACACCAGAACCUUGUUGAUCUGUGGGUACCCCAAUGUAGGAAAAUCUUCUUUUUUGCGCUGCAUUACCAAAGCCGAUGUCGAAGUCCAACCUUAUGCAUUCACCACAAAAUCCUUGUAUGUGGGUCAUUUUGACUACAAAUACUUGAGAUUUCAAGCUAUCGACACACCAGGUAUUCUGGACAGACCUACCGAGGAAAUGAACAACAUCGAAAUGCAAUCUAUCUACGCGAUUGCCCACUUGCGUUCUUGCGUGUUGUAUUUCAUGGAUUUGUCUGAACAGUGUGGUUUCACGAUCGAAGCUCAAGUCAAACUGUUCCAUUCCAUCAAGCCCUUGUUUGCCAAUAAAUCAGUCAUGGUUGUCAUGAACAAGACUGACAUCAUUGCUCCUCAAGAUUUGGACCAGGAACGUGCUGCCAUGCUGCAGACUAUUGCAGAAAUGCCAGGCGUGGAAAUGAUGACUGCUUCUUGUACUGAGGAAGACAAUGUCAUGGAUGUCAGAAAUAAGGCUUGUGAAAAGCUUUUGGCUGCUAGAAUUGAAAACAAACUCAAAUCGACUGCCAGGAUCAACAACGUUUUGAACAAGAUCCAUGUUGCAACUCCUCAGGCCAGAGACGAUGGUGUGGACAGAACUCCGUACAUUCCAGAUGCAAUCAAAAACAUGAAGAAAUACGACGCUGAAGACCCUGAAAGGAGAAAGCUGGCCCGCGAGAUCGAGGCCGAAAACGGUGGCGCUGGUGUCUUCAACAUCAACUUGAAAGAUAAAUACUUGCUAGAAGAUGACGAAUGGAAGAACGACGUGAUGCCAGAACUUUUGGAUGGUAAAAACGUUUACGACUUCAUGGAUCCUGAAAUCGCUGCCAAGCUCCAAGCUUUGGAAGAAGAGGAAGAAAAACUCGAAGCUGAAGGUUUCUACAACUCUGAUGAGGAGGAGGAGACCUACGACGGCUUUGCUGCUGAAGACGUGUCCGAUAUUAAGGACAAGGCUGCUUGGAUCAGGGAUAGACAAAAGCAAAUGAUUAUCUCGGCUAGAAAUCGCAAAGCUCUAAAGAAUCGCGCGGUCAUGCCUCGUUCCAAGUUGUCGAAGUCAUACGGCGACAUGGAAAAACAUAUGUCUUCUUUGGGACACGAUAUGUCUGCUCUUCAAGGUAAGCAAAAGACCGCGGCCCAAAAGAACAGAUAUGUUGAAACCGGUGCGGACGUCGUUUUCGGCGGUGCCGAGUCUGCCACUACUUCUUCGAAUGGUGGUAAGCUGAGACAAUCUGACAGACUGCUGGAUGGUGUUGCCGAUGGCUCUAUGAGAUCCAAGGCCGAUAGAUUGGCCAAACUUCAGAGAAGAGACAGAAACAGAGAUGCAAGACAAGGUGAGUCCGAUAGACACUCGACCGCUGCUCUGGCUAAACAUCUAUACAGUGGUAAGCGUGGUGUCGGUAAGACCGAUUUCCGCUGA